AUGGCGACCAUGACCUCUCUCGCGUCCAUCUCCUCCCGCGUCGCGACGCUCAAGGCGCCGCGCGCGUCCAAGCGCGCGUCCCGCUACGGCGCGUGCUGGCCCGGCCGCGCGGUCGUCCCCGAGGACGUGCCCGACCUCGGGAACGGCAACGUGAAAAAGAUCUCGCUGCUCGGAAGCACAGGCUCCAUCGGCACGCAGACGCUGGACAUCGCGGAGGAGAACCCGGACAAGUUCGAGAUCGUCGCGCUCAGCGCGGGGAAGAACCUCGACGUCCUCGCGGAGCAGAUCAUGAAGUUCAAGCCGAAGAUGGUGAGCAUCAGCGACGGCGCCGACGUCGCGCGACUCGAGUCGAUGAUCGCGGCGAUGGACGGCGACAAGCCGGAGAUUUUGUACGGGCCCGACGGCAUGAUCGAGGUCGCGCGGCAUCCGGAGGUGGACAGUACCGUGACCGGGAUCGUCGGCUGCGCGGGACUGCCGCCCACGGUCGCCGCGAUCGAGGCGGGGAAGAACAUCUGCCUCGCGAACAAGGAGACGCUCAUCGCGGGCGGGCCGGCGAUCGUCCCUCUCGCGGUCAAGCACGGCGUCAAGAUUUUACCCGCGGACUCGGAGCACUCCGCGAUCUUCCAGUGCAUCCAAGGCUUACCCGAGGGCGCGCUCCGAAGGAUCAUCCUGACCGCGUCCGGAGGCGCGUUCCGCGACGUCGAACUCUCGGAGAUGCGCGAGUACGCGAAGAACGACCCGGGUUUCUUGCAGAAGAAGGCGACGACGCAUCCCAACUGGGACAUGGGCGCGAAGAUCACGUGCGACUCCGCGACACUGAUGAAUAAAGCCCUGGAGGUGAUCGAGGCGCACUACCUGUACGGAACCUCGUACGACGACAUCGACGUCGUCAUUCACCCGCAGUCGAUCAUUCACAGCAUGGUCGAGACGAGCGACUCGAGCGUCCUCGCGCAGCUCGGCUGGCCGGACAUGCGUCUGCCGAUUCUCUACACCAUGUCGUGGCCGCAACGAGUCCAGUGCUCGGAGACGACGUGGCCGCGUCUGGACUUCGUGAAGAUGGGCGACCUCACGUUCAAGGCGCCGGACGUGGAGAAGUACCCGUCGUUGACGAUGGGGUACGCCGCGGGCAGGGCGGGCGGGACGAUGACCGGGGUGUUCUCCGCCGCGAACGAGCAGGCGGUGGCGAUGUUCCUCGACAAGAAGAUUGGAUACUUUGACAUCUACAACGUCAUCGACAAAGCCAUGGAGGCGCACAAGAACGAGCUCGUCCUCGACCCGAGCUUGGACGACAUCGUGGCGUGCGAUCUGUGGGCGCGGCAGCACGUGAAGGACACCGUGGGAUCCGGCGUGUGCAAGGAGCUCGUCGCCGCGUGA